GCCUUUUGAAAAAGGCUGUCCUCGGAUUCCAAAUCUUUACUUCGUCAACUUCUUUUCUCUCACCAUUCUGGGACAAAACCAGCAGAUUUCUAGCGACCUCUAAUUAUUUUCGCAAAGCCCCAGCGACAAUCAACUCGAUUUUCUCUACUCACAGCAGCAAUGGCCUCUUGCAUCACAGGUACCAACUUGACUGCUAUGGAGGAUGCCUCUCCUCUGGCGUUCGCUUUCAACGGAAACGAAAUGAACGUGCAGUGCACCGCCAAUAACGUUGAUGAAGCUGGUGCCAUCAAGAUCCUGAGCGUCGCGCUCGAGAACUUCAAAAAUUUCAAUGAUGGCAAACACGCUGUCAUUGUUCGGCCCAAGAAUUCCACUCAGUACUGGAUUACCAGCGCCCCCUACGCUGAGACUCUGGACAAGGCUGCUUAUCAAGUCAUCAAGUCCACCGAGAUCAGCAUCUCUGAACCCGACUCCAUCGUCCAGCUGCCGAUCGGCCACCAGGGCGUGAAGCAUCAGAAGAUCUCUAAGCUGCGCCUCCGUCGUCCUCGCAAUCAAUUCAUCAUCUACCGUCAGUGGAUGUCCGCCAAGAUCCACGCUUGCAACCCUGGCGUGACGGCUGCCUGCAUCUCCCAGGUUGUUGCGCAGACCUGGCAAGCCGAGAAGCCCGAGGUCAAAGCACGCUUCAAGAUCCUAGCCGAUGAGGAGGAUCGCGUUCACAAGGAGAUGUAUCCGGGCUACCGUUAUGUGGCGGGCCGUCGCAACCCCCAGCUUCCCUUGUCCAAGCGCAACUUGACUCGCGACCCGAUGACAGUCGCUGAGAGACUGAUUGCCGCUGGGCUUUGAUUUCUGCUCAGCAACGCUCACCACCACGGGCCUGAAUCGGUAGACCCAUGACAUCCAGAGUUGCCGAUCACACGGCCAAGCAGCAACGAACAACUAUUCAGAAGCGCCACUGAACUCGGAAAGCCAAAAAAGAAAAAAAAAAGAAAGGAAAAGAAAUCCACA